CUAAAGCCAAUCCAUGUACCCAAAGUGACCAAUGUGAGAAACCCACCGAAUAACAGACACUAGCUUAGCAUUUUUCCAAUUUGAAAAUAAAAAUUACCCGCUCAAACUCACACUGACUCUUCAUUCACUGAAUUCCAAAAUACAAACUCUGCUCCAAAAUUUUGAAGAGAGAGAGAGAGAUAUGAAGAAGAAAGUGAACCGCAAGUCCUCACUUCUGGAAACGCCAACAGAAAUGGCGGAUUUUCCUUCUUCUUCUCCAAACGAGUCUCCGAAAUCGCCAUUGUUCACCAUCAUCAGCGACAAGAAGAAGAAGAAGAGUACGGUCUCCACCUCAAAGAACAAGAAUGCCGACAAAUCGCAGCCUACUAUCGCCGCUGUGAAAACCCUAGGCACCAUCUCCGAUCUCAAAGACCUCGCCUCUUCGCGCCUCGACCAUCUCAAGCGCCACAUCGAGCACUCUCACUCUGAGAUCAUCAAGGAUCUCCAGGCUUCCCACUCUCGCCUCCACAAGCGCUUCAAGAUUCAGACCCAAGCAUGCCAACAAACGAUGGAUGAAGCAGAGAAGGAAUACAAGAAAAUGUCUGAACGGAUUAGUGAAAGUCGGGAAGCAAUGCAGGCUUCGUAUGCAGAGUUCAAGGCAGAUGCACAAGCCAGUGCAUCUCGUGCAUGCAAAACAUCAAUUGUUGAGCUUUCAGAAUCCUGUGAGAAAGCAAUUAAUAAUCUUCAAAGUCGUUUUGGGAUUUCAUCAGCUUAGCCAUCUGGUAACAAGACAUUUCAGGAAUUGAUAUUUGAGAGAAUCAGUCUGGAUUCUAGAGGAUCUACAGUCUAUUACAAUUAGUGAACGAGGUGAAAUGGAGACAUCUGCUAUAGAACUGCUGCUGAUUUUUACUUCAUAAGGACAAAUGCGUUUCUUUCUUAGGAUUAAAAAUGCUAUUUUUACCAAUAAAAAAGACUAUUUCUGAACUGUAUCUAAUACAUAAUGAGCACCAUUGUCCAUUGAAUAGUGAA